UGGAAUUCUUCUUCACACAAACACAAACAGCUUUUGGUUUUUCAGUUGCCACAUUCGUUCAGAUUUCGCAGAAGGGAUCCGGUUUAGAUUUGAAGAGAAUGGCGGAGACCAAGUACAAGUACCUGAUUGAGGUCGAGAAGGGAAAGGCGGCCAAGGACGGCCGGCCGUCGCUCGGUCCCGUUUACCGGAGCCUCUUCGCCAAAGACGGCUUUCCGCAGCCGAUUGCCGGAAUGGACAGUUGCUGGGAUGUUUUCCGCAUGUCGGUGGAGAAAAAUCCCGGAAACCGAAUGCUUGGUCGUCGUGAGACUGUGAAUGGGAAGGGUGGUAGAUACGUGUGGUUAACUUACAAACAAGUCUAUGAUGUGGUGGUAAAAGUUGGAAAUUCCAUGCGCACUCUUGGUCUGGCAGAAGGAGACAAAUGUGGUAUAUUUGGUGCCAAUUGUCCAGAAUGGAUUAUGAGCAUGGAGGCUUGCAAUGCUCAUGGGCUCUAUUGUGUUCCUUUAUAUGACACUCUAGGUGCUGGUGCUGUGGAAUUUAUCAUAUGCCAUGCUGAAGUUUCACUUGCUUUUGUAGAAGAAAAUAAGAUAUCUGAGCUGUUGAAGACAUUGCCCAACGCAUCAAAAUAUCUUAAGACACUUGUAAGCUUUGGCAAGGUUACCCCUGAACAAAAGGAAUCAGUUGAAAAGCAUGGAUCUGUGAUAUAUUCAUGGAAUGAAUUUCUGCAACUGGGAGAUAAAGACUUUGAUCUUCCAGUAAAAAAGAAAAGUGAUAUCUGUACUAUAAUGUAUACUAGUGGAACAACUGGUGACCCCAAGGGUGUACUGAUAUCCAAUGAAAGCAUCAUUACUCUACUGGCUGGGGUGAAACGCCUGCUGGAGAGUGUAAAUGAAGAGUUGGACGCGAACGACGUAUAUCUUUCCUUUCUUCCUCUUGCACAUAUCUUUGAUCGGGUUAUCGAGGAGUUAUUUAUCUGGACUGGUGCCUCAAUAGGGUUUUGGCGUGGGGAUGUCAAAUUGUUAACUGAAGACAUUGCGGAGCUAAAACCAACUAUUUUUUGUGCUGUUCCUCGCGUUUUAGAUAGAAUCUAUGCAGGCUUGAACCAGAAGAUUUCAUCAGGCGGCAUAAUAAAAAAGACGUUGUUCAAUUUUGCAUAUUCAUACAAGCAUUAUAACAUGCAAAAGGGGCAUGCACAUGGAGCUGCGUCUCCAAUUUCUGACAAGAUUGUGUUUAGUAAGGUAAAGGAAGGAUUGGGGGGUAGGGUGCGGCUUAUUCUGUCUGGAGCUGCUCCUCUUUCUACUCAUGUGGAAUCUUACUUACGUGUGGUGGCAUGCGCUCAUGUUUUACAAGGAUAUGGUCUGACAGAAACUUGUGCUGGGACAUUUGUAUCGCUACCAAAUGAAUUGUCAAUGCUUGGCACAGUGGGUCCUCCGGUUCCAAAUGUGGAUGUAUGUCUGGAAUCUGUUCCUGAAAUGGGAUACGACGCUCUGUCAGAUACACCUCGUGGAGAAGUAUGUGUAAGGGGAAAAACUUUGUUUUCAGGAUACUACAAACGUGAGGACCUCACCAAAGAGGUCAUGAUUGAUGGGUGGUUCCAUACAGGAGAUAUUGGUGAGUGGCAACAAGAUGGAAGCCUUAAAAUCAUUGAUCGCAAGAAGAAUAUCUUCAAGCUUUCACAAGGAGAAUAUGUUGCAGUUGAAAACUUGGAGAAUAUUUAUGGACUUGUUUCAGAUAUUGAUGCGAUAUGGGUUUAUGGGAACAGCUUUGAGUCCUGCCUAGUUGCAGUAGUCACUCCCAACAAGCAAGCAAUUGAAAGAUGGGCUCAACAAAAUGAUGUAUCUGGUGACUUCAAUUCUCUUUGUGAAAAUACAAAGGUGAAAGAAUACGUGCUUGGAGAGCUGAAUAAGAUUGCUAAAGACAAAAAGUUGAAAGGUUUUGAGGUUAUAAAAGCUGUUCACCUUGACCCAGAACCGUUCGACAUGGAGCGUGACCUUAUCACUCCAACAUACAAGAAAAAGAGGCCCCAGUUGCUUAAAUACUACAAGGGCGUCAUUGAUAACAUGUACAAGAGUGUAAAUCAGCCCAAGGCCUGAAAGAUAUACUUGUGGAGCUAGAGUCCAGAUGGCCUUGUUCAAUUUGACAAACUCUGUUUCUGUUUCUCUGUCUUUUUAUGUUUGUUAUUUUGACUGUACAUAGAAGCAUACUUAACCCCCCACAUGAUAACUUUCUUCUGAAAUGAAUUUGGGUGUACUGUAGAAAAUUACAGAUAUAUGUUCAUGAACUAGUCAACUUUUAAGUGUUGUCUAGACCA